AUGAAUUUCCUGAUACAAGAAGGAUACCCAGCCGCGGCCGCUCGUUUCGCCGAAGAAGCAAGUCUUGAGGUCAAGGACGAGAACGAUCUCAUGACAGAAAGAGUCAGCAUACGCGAUGCAAUAUUUCGAGGCGACUUGCAAAGUGCCAUAGAAGAUAUCAACGACAUUGAUCCUCAGCUAUUAGACGGUAACAAGAGUUUACAUUUCGCCCUCCUUCGUCUCCAGCUGAUCGAGCUCAUCAAGAAGAUGUUUGACGGACCAGAAAACGAGAAACCACAAUUGUUCGGAACUGCCGUGACUUUUGCGCAACAGAAUCUUGCCCCAUAUACACCUCAAAGCGAGAAGUACAAAUCCGACUUGGAACGAGCCAUGGCGUUGUUGAUAAUCCCAAAAGAGGCAUGGCAAUCCAAAUCCCAAACACACAAUGAGCAGAUAAGUGCUUUUGGACCACUAGGUGAUCUCAUUGAUCCUAGCUUGAAGAUCGAGGUGGCACGAGACGUUAACGCUGCUAUAUUGAGGAGUCAGGGCAGGUCUGAUCAUAGCACGAUACACAGGAUAUUGCAGACGAGGGUGUGGGCAGAGGAUCUGGCUCGAGACAAGGGAAUAGAUCUCCCAGCUGAUAUGGGCAUUGAUCUGUGGGAUGCGCCGGCUGAUUCCCAAUCACAGAACGGCAACAACGGAGACAUCCAGAUGGCGGAGGACGAGAGUACUGGAGCUGAUCCUGUACACAGGUACACCAAUCUGCACGAGUCGGCGCGGUAG